CACCUCUCGGUUCCUGACCGGUUUCGGGUCUGAACAGGAGUCCAGCGCUGCCCCGGGGCGCAGAGGCAGGAGGACCCAGUCGACCCGGAGCAGGAUGCCGGUGAUGAGAGGGCUGCUGGCCCCGCAGAACACCUUCCUGGAUACCAUCGCCACCCGCUUUGAUGGCACCCACAGCAACUUUGUGUUGGGUAACGCCCAGGUCCAGUCGCUCUACCCCAUCGUCUACUGCUCCGAUGGCUUCUGUGAGCUCACCGGCUACGCCCGAGCCGAGCUCAUGCAGAAGAGCUGCGCAUGCCACUUCCUGUACGGCCAGGAAACCAGCGACCGGCUGACAGCCCAGAUCCAAGGAGCACUGGACGACAGGAGGGAGUUCAAGACCGAGCUGGUCUUUUACAAGAAGGGAGGUACCCAGUUCUGGUGUCUUCUGGAUAUUGUGCCCAUUAAAAAUGAGAAGGGCGAGGUGGUUCUCUUCCUGGUGUCUCACAAAGACAUCACUGACAACAAGAAGGACCAGGACCCCGAGCAGGGACCCGACACAGAUGAGGAGACAGGUCUGGAGGUGCAUCAGGUCACCCGCCCGCCAGGCUUCAAUGCCAACCGGCGCCGCAGCCGAGCGGUCCUCUAUCACCUGUCAGGACACCUGCAGAAACAAGACAAGAGCAAGCUCAAGAUCAACAAUAACAUGUUUGGCGAGAAGCCUCCGAUCCCGGAGUACAAGGUAGCAGCCAUUCAGAAAUCCCGCUUCAUCCUGCUCCACUACGGGACUUUCAAGGCGGGCUGGGAUUGGCUGAUCCUGCUGGCGACCUUCUACGUGGCCGUCACCGUGCCCUAUAAUGUGUGUUUCACGGUGGUGGGAGGGCGGGACGAGGGGAGCAGCACCGCCCCGCGGAGCCCACCCAGUGUCAGUGACAUCCUGGUGGAGAUCCUGUUCAUGUUAGACAUAGUGCUGAACUUUCGAACCACCUUUGUGAGCACGUCGGGUCAGGUGGUGUACGACGCCCGCUCCAUCUGCGUUCACUACGUCACGACCUGGCUCUUUGUUGACCUCAUCGCUGCCCUGCCCUUUGACCUGCUGUAUGCUUUCAAUGUCAGCGUGUACUUUGGGGUCCACCUGCUGAAGACGGUGCGGCUGCUUCGGCUGCUGCGGCUGCUGCAGAAGCUGGAGCGCUACUCUCAGUACAGCGCUGUGGUCCUGACUCUGCUCAUGUCCAUGUUCGCCCUGCUGGCCCACUGGAUGGCCUGCGUCUGGUACUUCAUAGGCCGAAGAGAGAUCGAAAGCCCCGGCUCCUGGGAUAUUGGUUGGCUUCAUGAGCUUGCCAAACGGCUAGGUACCCCUUACUUCCUGUCCCCCUUGACAACGGCGGCCCCUGAUUCGCUGGCCAACAGUCUCCCGGCUAACAGCAGCCAAUGGAACGUGUCCGGGUUGGAGGUGGCGGGGCAGGACUCCUGGAACUCAAGCCAGUGGAACAGGAGCAUGGCCGGGGGCAUGGCCGUGCCGGGGACGGGGAUCGGAGGCGGGGGGCUCGGGGUGCUGGGCGGCGGCCCGUCGAUGCGUAGCAGCUACGUGACGUCACUCUACUUUGCUCUGAGCAGUCUGACCAGUGUGGGAUUUGGCAACGUGUCAGCCAACACAGACUCCGAGAAGAUCUUCUCCAUCUGCACCAUGCUCAUAGGAGCGCUGAUGCACGCGGUGGUGUUUGGUAAUGUGACGGCAAUCAUCCAGAGGAUGUACUCACGUCGCUCCCUUUAUCACACCCGCACCAAAGACCUGAAGGACUUCAUCAGGGUCCACCGGCUGCCCAAAGCCCUGGAGCAACGCAUGCUGGAGUGCUUCCAGACUACCUGGUCUGUCAACAAUGGAAUAGAUGUUAGUGAGCUGCUGAAGGACUUCCCCGACGAGCUGAGGGCAGACAUCGCCAUGCACCUCAACAAGGAGCUGCUGCAGUUACCCUUGUUUGAGUCGGCCAGCAGGGGCUGCCUGCGCUCCCUCUCCCUCAUCAUCAAGACCUCCUUCUGCGCCCCGGGGGAGUUCCUCAUCCGCCAGGGAGACGCCCUGCAGGCCAUUUACUUUGUCUGCUCCGGAUCCAUGGAGGUCCUGAAGGACAACACGGUGCUGGCCAUACUGGGUAAAGGAGACCUGAUCGGCUCGGACUCCCUGACGAAGGAGCAGGUGAUCAAGACCAACGCCAACGUCAAGGCCCUGACCUACUGUGACCUGCAGUACAUCAGCCUGAAGGGCCUCCGCGAGGUCCUCCGACUCUACCCCGAAUACGCGCAGAAGUUCAUCAGCGAGAUUCAACAUGACCUCACGUACAACCUGCGGGAGGGCCACGGCGCCGACGUGGAUUGGGAGAGCAACGGAGGUCUGGUGAAGAAGCUGCCGUCCAUAAAGGAGGAUGAGGAGGGGGACGAGGAGCAGAGCUCGGUGUCCCAUGCGCCUCGCUCGCCGCUACGCCUCAGCAGGGGGUUGAGCUCACCCCUGCGCUCCCCUCUCCUGCCCCCCAGGCCGUUCCGUGCACCCUCUGACCACUCCCGCCCCGCCACUCUGCAGAUACCGGUGGUCAGCUUCAGCAGUGCACCACCUGAACUCAGUCCUAGAUUUGUGGACGGCAUUGAAACAGAAAGCAAUUCAAACUCAUCACAGAAGUUUGAAUUCAGCCCCAGCCUGUCACCCGCAGCCCCCUCCCCAUACCCAGGGAACCAGGAGCAGUCUGAGAUCAAGCAGAGUGUCUCUAAACUGACUGAGGAGAUGAGCACUCUCUCCAAACAAGUCUCGCAGCUGAGUCAGGAGCUGCAGGAAAUGACACGCCUGCUCAAGCCCCUCCUCCAAGCAGCACCACAGCCAAUACUGACAACCCUGACGCCACCUCCCAGCAGUGCCAGCCAACUGUCAACAAGCACCUGCCUGGUAAUGCCGCCUCCUACCUUGUCCUGCUCCCUUCAGAGAUCUGAGGCUUGUUCCCUGUUGGACAGUGGAGACAUUUUGGGUGUGGACUUGCCUGGGUGCCUUCUCCCUACUCCUCAUUCACCACAGAGGCCUACCUCCUCUCCUCCAGCACCACCACAGCCACAGUCCAACUCACCAGCGGGCAGCGUCAAGGUUCCUGCCCACUCCACCCCCUCUUCACCUGGGGAAGGACAGCCCAACGGAUCCCCGACCCUCCAAAGCCUCCACGCUUCUUCCAGCAACGGGAUAUUUUUCCCCUCCCUUCAGGACCAGCGUCCUCUGGCCUCUCACACCCCGUCGCCUUCUCUCUCCUUCUCCAUGUCUGUCUCCUCCUCCCCAUCCCUCUCCCCCUGCCAGGGCCCCCACCCUGCCCAACCUGCUAGCCAUGCUAGCAGAGGUCUUCUUCCCCCGCCUCCCUCACAAGACACCCCACCUCCUCCAUCCUCUCACUGCUCAGCUCCUCCAUCACUCGCCUCUUCCCCUGGAGACCGAAGACUGAGGUCUUCCUGCCCCUCCCCUGCCCUGUCAAUCCCUCUCAUACCUCCCAGCUUUUCCCUCCAUCCCUCCAACCUGUCCCUUCCCUUUUCUCUGGACUCUGUCAGGGCAAGGAGAAGGGGGGCAGGCACCCAGACUCCUCCAUGGUCUAACUCACAGCCUCGUCAGGGGGAACCCCGACCUGGCACUCGACCCCAGGAGCUGGAAAUGCAGGAGUGGGGAGUAGAGGAAGAGGAGGGGAAGACCUCCCCGGAGCAUAUCAGCUUCAUUGAUGAAGAGGGAGCUGCUUUAUGAAUGACUGAAGCAG